UCACCUCUCCAAUAAGUUGUUCAGAGAACUCGGCACUUUGAGGGACUGAACGCAUUCUAAAUGGAGCAGAGAUAUUGGAGAUUAAAAAAAAAUUAAAUAGCUAACCAGCCAAUACAAUUUUAAGUGGGAGUGCGGUGAGCGGCCGUGAUGGGUGACACGGAGCUGGGUCUGUCUGCUGUACAGCCAGAGGAACUGGAACCGCAGAGCCCCUCCACAGCCUCCUCCUCUCCCUCCCUUUCUCUGCCCUCCUCCCCUUCCUCUGGAUCCUACCACCAUCAGCAGACCACCAGUCCCAGCCCCACUCACAGCGAUGGUCCAGCCGCCUCCAGCCCACCCCUGGAUGUCAUCUCAGAGGGCGUGGGCGAGCUGACCCUGGUCAUCGAUCCCGAGGUGGCCAAGAUGGCCUGCCAGGAGGUGCUGCAGAAGGUGAAGUUCCUCAAAGGCGAAAGUGAGGGGUCAGGUCCUGGGUCUGAUGGUGGCAAUAGCACAGACCAAACACUGGUCAACGGGACUGUACAUACAGAGCCUAUCAAGCCCCCAAAAAUCCCCGGGGAGGAGGACUCUGAGGCACUGCCUCCAGGCUCGGUGAAAAGCGCGCGGCGGCGCCAGCGCCACAACCCCUCCAAGCAGUCGUGGCUGCUGCGGCUGUUUGAGUCCAAACUCUUCGACGUGUCAAUGGCCAUCUCCUAUCUACACAACUCCAAGGAGCCGGGUGUGCAGGCCUACAUCGGCAACCGUCUGUUCAGCUUCCGCCACGAGGAGGUGGACUUCUACCUGCCGCAGCUGCUCAACAUGUACAUCCACAUGGACGAGGACGUGGGAGACGCCAUCAAGCCCUACGUGGUGCACCGCUGCCGUCAGAGUAUCUCCUUCUCGCUGCAGUGCGCCUGGCUGCUGGGCGCCUACUCCUCCGACAUGCACAUCUCCACACAGCGACACUCGCGCGGCACCAAGCUACGCAAACUCAUCUUCUCCGACGAACUCAAACCAGCUGCGGUCCGUGCCCGCCAGCCACUGACGUUGGCCCCUUUCUGCCCACUUCCGACCGCUGCACCAUCCCUGCACGGGCACGGCUUGGGCGGAGAGCACGGUCUGUCGCCUACUAAGCGCACGCAUCAGCGCUCCAAGUCGGACGCCACCGUCAGCAUCAGCCUGAGCAGCAACCUGAAGAGGACAGCGAGCAACCCCAAGGUGGAGAGCAACCAGGACGAGCCGGCGCGUCUGGCACCGCAGAGAGAGUUCAUCAAGUCCCUGAUGGGCAUUGGGAAGCGGCUGGCCACGCUGCCCACUAAGGAGCAGAAGACGUCCCGGCUCAUCUCGGAGCUUUCGCUGCUCAACCACAAGCUGCCCGCCCGCGUCUGGCUGCCCACCGCCGCCUUCGACCACCACGUGGUGCGCGUCCCUCACACACAGGCUGUGGUGCUCAACUCCAAAGACAAGGCGCCGUACCUCAUCUAUGUGGAGGUUCUGGAGUGUGAAGACUUUGAGACGUCCAACGUUCCGGUGCGGAUCUCCGAGACCAGGAUCCGCAGCACGCGCUCAGUGGAGAACCUUCCGGACUGCGGCAUCACGGCAGAUCAGCGAGCCGGGGGCUUCUCAACGGUUCACAACUACGAUGAGGAUAACGAAGCCUGGUCUGUGGACGACAUCGGGGAUCUGCAGGUGGAGCUCCCAGAGUUCCACACCAACAGCUGUGACAACAUCUCCCAGUUCUCAGUGGACAGCAUCACCAGCCUGGACAGCAAGGAGCCCAUCUUCAUUGCUGCUGGAGACAUCAGGCGGCGUCUCUCAGAGCAGCUAGCUCACACACCCACCACAUUCAAACGGGACCCAGAGGACCCUUCAGCAGUGGCCCUCAAGGAGCCGUGGCAGGAGAAGGUUCAGCGGAUAAGGGAGGGCUCCCCAUAUGGACACAUCCCUACCUGGAGGUUGUUGUCAGUCAUCGUCAAGUGUGGCGACGACCUUCGGCAAGAGCUCCUGGCCUCUCAAGUGCUGCAGCAGCUCCAGAUCAUCUGGGAACAGGAGCGCGUGCCUAUCUGGAUCAAACCCUACAAGAUCCUGGUGAUCUCCUCUGACAGCGGCAUGAUUGAACCCAUAGUCAACGCAGUGUCCAUCCACCAGGUGAAGAAACAGAGCCAGAUGUCUCUGCUGGACUACUUCCUGCAGGAACACGGUACCCACACCACCGAGGCCUUCCUCACGGCCCAGCGCAACUUUGUCCAGAGCUGUGCAGGCUACUGUCUCAUCUGCUACCUGCUGCAGGUCAAAGACAGACACAAUGGCAACAUCCUGUUGGACGCUGAGGGCCACAUCAUCCACAUAGACUUUGGCUUCAUUCUGUCCAGCUCAGCCCAACGUUCUUAUUCACCUGGGCUUUGA